UGUUGUCGGGCGGGGGACUCUGUUUUUGGUGCGGAAGGAGUCGCUCUGCUGGAGGAGUCGGCUCCUCUCUAUGUGGGUGAAUGGAGGAGAGUCUUCCUGGAGAGUAAACACUCACGCACAGAACUAGCUGAUUACAUCGGAUCUCUCACCGUUUAACACUAAAAAAUCACCCCCAAACAUGCCUGCUGAUACUAAACAAAUCUAUGAGUUGGAAUCUGAAUUGUACUUCCUAAUAGCCAGAUUUUUGGCAUCGGGACCCUGUCAGAAGGCGACCGAGGUCCUGAUACGCGAAGUGGAGGAGAAGCAGCUGCUGCCGAAGCGAAUAGACUGGAAGGGCAAGGAGCAUCCCAGGACCUACGAAAAUUUGGUGAAGACUCAUAGACAUGUAGCUCCAGAUCAUCUGCUUCAAAUAUGUCAGCGACUUGGACCUCUCUUAGAAAAAGAGACUCCACAGAGCGUUCCAGGGGUUCAUUCGUUACUGGGAGCUGGAAGACAGUCUAUGCUUAGAACAAACAAAAGUUGUAAGCAUGUGGUAUGGAAAGGAUCAGCACUUGCAGCAUUGCAUCGAGGAAGACCCCCUGAGCCACCAAUCAAUUAUGGCAGCCCACCUAAUAUAGUGGAUACUAUUCGGGCUCGGCAACUUACGGGGAGCUUUCGACUCAGUCAACUUGUUCCAACUGCUGUGUAUCUACAUAUGAAGAUGCACAAACGAAUACUGGGGCACCUAUCAUCUGUUUACUGUGUUACGUUUGAUCGAACAGGGAGGAGAAUAUUUACUGGAUCUGAUGAUUGUCUGGUGAAGAUCUGGACAACCGAUGAUGGCAGGCUACUGGCAACUUUGCGAGGACAUUCUGCUGAAAUCUCAGACAUGGCAGUAAACUAUGAAAAUACUAUGAUUGCUGCAGGCAGCUGUGAUAAAAUCAUCCGGGUUUGGUGCCUUCGGACAUGUGCACCCUUGGCUGUUCUGCAGGGCCACACUGCAUCCAUCACAUCUGUGCAGUUUUCGCCAAUGUGCACUGGAUCUUUGAGGUUCCUAUCUUCCACAGGGGCAGAUGGUACAGUUUGCUUCUGGCAGUGGGAUGCUGGCAUGUACAAAUUUAGCCAUCGGCCAAUUAAAUUUACUGAGCGACCAAGGCCAGGGGUUCAAAUGAUCUGUUCUUCUUUCAGUGCUGGUGGAAUGUUUUUGGCAACGGGGAGCACAGAUCAUAUUAUAAGAGUUUACUACUUUGGGUCAGGGCAACCUGAGAAGAUUUCAGAGUUGGAAUUUCAUACUGACAAAGUUGACAGUAUUCAGUUCUCCAACAUGAGUGACAGGUUUGUUAGUGGAAGUCGAGAUGGGACCGCAAGGAUCUGGCAGUUUCGACGGCAAGAGUGGAAGAGCAUUUUACUGGAUAUGGCUGUUAAACCAGCUGGAUAUAAUCCACAAGGAUUAGAAGAUAAAGUGAACAAACUUAAAGUAACCAUGGUGGCAUGGGAUCGUCACGACAACACUGUUAUUACAGCAGUCAAUAACCUUACAUUGAAGGUUUGGAAUUCUUGCACUGGUCAGCUCAUACAUGUCCUAAUGGGACAUGAAGAUGAAGUGUUUGUACUUGAGCCGCAUCCCUUUGAUCCCAGGGUCCUCUUUUCUGCAGGGCAUGAUGGCAAUGUAAUAGUUUGGGACAUAGUGAGGGGCGUGAAAAUCCGAUCGUAUUUCAACAUGAUUGAAGGUCAGGGACACGGAGCAGUGUUUGACUGUAAAUGCUCCCCUGAUGGGCAGCAUUUUGCAUGUACUGACUCCCAUGGGCAUCUUCUUAUCUUUGGCUUUGGUUCAAGCAGUAAAUAUGACAAGAUUUCUGAUCAGAUGUUCUUCCAUACGGAUUAUCGACCUUUAAUUCGAGAUGCCAACAACUAUGUCCUGGAUGAGCAGACGCAACAGGCACCACAUCUUAUGCCGCCUCCAUUCCUCGUGGAUGUAGAUGGUAAUCCUCAUCCACCAAAAUACCAACGGCUGGUACCUGGUCGGGAGAACUGUAAUGAUGACCAACUCAUCCCCCAGAUGGGCGUGUCUGCCACAGGAUUGAACCAGGUUCUGAGUCAGCAAGCAAACCACGAAAUCAGUCCUUUAGACAACAUAAUCCAACGUCUACAACAGGAACAAGACCAGAGACUGACUGCAGGUUCCAACAACACCCUGAAUAGAGGGAGAAUAGGCUCUCAAAGUUCUACCUCUGAGAUACAUUCACCUCCAAACGUCGGAUUGAGACGCAGUGGACAAAUUGAAGGUGUGCGGCAGAUGCACAGUAAUGCACCAAGAAGUGAAAUUGCCACUGAACGGGACCUUGUGGCCUGGAGUCGAAGGGUGGUAGUCCCAGAACUAUCUCAAGGUGUAGCCAGUAAACAGGAAGACUGUAGAACAGCCAAAGGAGAAGAAGAGGUAAACAUUUUUAAAUGUGAGAAGAAAAAGAAGUCAGCAAUUCAGGUUCAGCGAGAAAACAAGGUGCAUUCCUAUGAACGUUUGCAAGAAAGUGGAGAAGGGAAGAAACAGAGUCGCCAGAAUAUACACAAUUAUUGCACACGAUCGGCAAUGGAUGAUGGGAGUAGAAGUUUACCACAGAAUAUUGAUUACAACAGCUCUUCAGAGGAGGCUGAAGUCUGUGCUGUCAAUGGUGUGACAUCAGAAGAGGAUGGGGAUGCCUGGCACAAUGAAAGCAGCAGCUCUAGUGAUUAUUCAAGUGACUAUUCCGACUGGACUGCCGAUGCUGGAAUUAACCUUCAGCCACCAAAAAAAUCAUCAAGGCAGCAAGCAAAGAAAGCUGUUAGCAGUUCGGAAGAUGAAGGGGAAAAAGAAAAAGGGAAAGAAAAAGAAAUAAAGAAAGAAAGGAAAAAACAUAAAGAAGACAAAGAUGGCACUGCAACUCCAAAGAUAAGGAGGAAACCAAGGGAGAAAAGAAUAAAGCGACCACCAGCUGGUGUCAUACCGAAACAAGGGGAGACUCUGGAAGAGUGGCUUCCACCAGUAUGGAUUACUGACACUAUGCCCAGGCGUUGUCCUUUUGUACCACAGAUGGGUGAUGAGGUUUACUAUUUUCGACAGGGUCACGAAGCCUAUGUUGAAAUGGCUAAGAAGUUAAAACUUUUUCGCAUAAAUGCUAAAAAGCAGGCAUGGCACAAGAUGGAUUUACGGGAACAAGAGCUGGUGAAAAUAGUUGGGAUCAAGUAUGAAGUGGGACCCCCAUCUCUCUGCUGCCUCAAACUGGCUUUUAUCGAUACAGACACAGGCAAACUGACAGGAGGUUCAUUCUCUAUGAAGUACCAUGAUAUGCCAGAUGUUAUUGAUUUUCUAGUGCUACGACAGCAGUUUGAUGAGACAAAAUCUCGACAGUGGAAGAUUGGAGAUCGAUUUCGGUCAGUGAUUGAUGAUGCAUGGUGGUUUGGGACUAUUGAGAGCCAGGAGCCCCUACAACCAGACUAUCCUGAUAGUCUAUUCCAGUGCUACAAUGUCUGCUGGGACAACGGAGAUACUGAAAAGAUGAGCCCUUGGGAUAUGGAAGUGAUUCCACAUGAUGCUGUUUUCCCCACUGAACCUGGAUCAAGUGUUCCCUUGACUGCUGCUGAGCAUAAGAUACAGCUGUACAAAUCUCAGGAAGGAGAAUGGGGCUGCAGAAAGAGAGAUGAAGAAUGUGAUAGAAUUUAUAAUGGGAUCUGUCAGCUCAUAACUCUUGAUAUUGCUGCUCCAUUUGUGGCACCUGUGGAUCUCCAGGCUUAUCCUUUAUAUUGUACAGUGGUGGCUUAUCCUACAGACCUCAACACAAUCAAAGAGAGGGUAGAGAAUAGGUUUUACAGACGCAUGUCAUCCUUGAUGUGGGAGGUACGAUAUAUUGAACACAAUGCACGGACUUUCAAUGAACCUGGAAGCCCUAUAGUUAGAUCGGCCAAAUUAGUCAUCGAUAUUCUCCUCCAGUUCAUUAAAGACCAGAAUUCUACUGACAUCCUUCCAUUCUACAAUAACUUGAAGAAGAAAAUGAUGUCAGAUGAGGAUGAUGAGGCAGAGAACUCUGAUGUUCCAGGAACCUCCACCAGGAAUAAGAAGGAAUACCAGCCGAGGAGGACGCAGCGUAAUCGUGUCCAGUCACAUGAUAUUAAUGCCUGGAAGGUGCGCUGUAGAGAACUGCUGCAUCUAAUCUUUCAGUGUGAAGAUUCGGAGCCCUUCCGUCGGCCGGUGGAUUUAUUCCAGUAUCCCGAUUAUAGAGAUAUCAUAGAUACACCGAUGGAUUUUGGAACAGUUCAGGAGACACUGGAAGCUGGAAAUUAUGAGACGCCAUUGGAAUUGCGUAAGGAUGUGCGCCUUAUUUUUAGCAAUUCCAAGUCUUACACUCCCAGCAAAAAAUCAAGGAUCUAUAGCAUGAGUUUACGGUUAUCAGCAUUAUUUGAAGAACACAUGAGCUCCAUUAUUUCUGAUUACAAGGCAGCAGUUCGAUUCUAUUCAAGAAAGAAGGCUUCCAGCCAAAGGCGGAAACGAAGGAGAAGUAGCUCUCCUUCAAGCAGUGCAGCAUCAAGCCCUGAAAGAAAACGAAGGUUUUUAAAACCCCAAGCCAAGAUAGAGGAGUCAAUUUCUUCACCCGUAUCUACGCCCGUCAGGUCAACAAGUAUGAAAGCAUCUGUUGUUCAGGCCAAUGGCAAGGCAAGUGAAUCUGCUACUAUUGUCCGGACCAGAAGAACAAGGCUACGACUGGGGAUUACCUCUGAGACAGAAGCAUCAUCUUCAUUGGCGGCAGUGGCAGCUGUUUCAAAGUCUUCUGUUGCAGCAUCUCUAGGAUCUUCAACAGACUAUAAUGCUAAGCCAUCGAAAGCUCAGAGCAACCUCUGUUAUCCUAAACUAUCUGAAUCAAAACACAGUACCCAGACUUCAUUGACAGAUGAGGAACCUGAGAAAAGGAAGUUUACACGUAGAAAUAAAUCAACACCAUACAAACAACCAAAAGGUGACAUCAAAGCUGAAUCUUCAACACAGAAGACCCCACAAAUAAAUGGGCACAGUGUGUGCAUCUCUGAAUCUGUGGUCAAGAGAGGUCCUGGUAGGAAACCGCAGGAGGUAAAAAGUCUUAAAGGACCUGGUAAGAAAAGAGGUAGGAAAAGUAAAAAAGAGCUACUUGAUAUUGAACAACAGAAUGCAAUGAAGAAAGCAGAAGUUAAAAAGGACAUAUCCAAUGAGAAUGGUGAAGAAGCUACCUCAGAAAGCAGCUUUAGUUCAGAGACCCACACAAAAAGAAAAUCUUUGCAGAAGAAACCAAGAGGCAGGAAACCCAAAGGAAAGAGUCUAAAAGCUAAAUCCAAAUUGAUAGCUGCUGCUAAACGGAAAAUGCAGACAAGAAGCAACAGUAGGAAGCAUGAGGAGCCUGUGGAGCCCAUUGAGCCCAUAGAGCCAGUGGAAGAUGAUGAAAGGACUGAAGAAGCCGUGGGCUGUAAAUCAGUCAUGAAAACAAGGAAUCAAGGUAGACGGACAACAUGCUACAAUGAGGAGGAUUCCGAAGAGGAGCAAAGGCAGCUACUGUUUGAAGAUUCCUCUUUAACUUUUGGAACAUCCAGUAGGGGAAGGCUGCGGAAACUGACUGAAAAAGCAAAGGCUAACCUGAUUGGUUGGUAAACAACUAUAGCGUUUUGUCUAAUCAAUGAAGUUUCUUGUUUUUAACAAGAACGUGUAAGGGAAUAUUGCACUUGAGGUCACUGCAUUGUCACUUGCAGAUUGAUGAAAGACAUGAUUUGAGAUUUUUUCAGAAAGCAGAAUAAGCAAGGGCUGCAUUGUUUAAAAAUCAUUUAAUCUCUUGAUUAAUAUUCACUUGUUACUAUCUGUUACAUUAUAAUCCAGAAAUUGUUGAUAUUUUGCUCGCACUAAUUCAUGGUAGAAUUUUGACAGUACGAAGUACAUUUUCACCUACUUCCAUCUUCUGUUUUCUGAAGAACAGCAGAUUCUGGUUUUGCUUUGGAAUUGAAGGCAAACUUGAGGGUGGGCUCAGUUGGUAUUUAUCAUUUCUUAAAAAGUAACAAUUAUUGACGAUUAGUUGGCAUUAAACUGGACAAAUUCCUCAAUUUGAAAAAUACCUUUUAAAUGUUUCAUUUCUUUUAAUUUAUGUUCAGAGAUAUUUUAGGUAUUCCAUUCUGUUUUUAAACUUGUAUCACCAAAAAUUUAUAAAAGUAAUCUAAAAUAAUAAAUUCAAAAUGUGAGUCACGUUUCAGCACCCCUGAAAACACAUUUAAUAUUUCAGUUAAGGAUUUACAGCUCUCAAACGUCUUCAUUGAUGGUCAGUUAAGUUCAGAAAUUUAUGGUGGAAAGUAUUUUUUGAAUUCUUUAAUUGUUCCAUCAAUUCCUUUGUGUUGAGAUAGAAUCAUAUAAGUAGCAUUAUUUACUUUCUUUACAAAAUUUAACAUAUAUAUGCUGUCCUGGCUCACAUCUUUUAAGGAAAAGGUUAAAUUUGUGUUGUUUAUCAUUGAUUGGUUUGCACAUUAGCAAAUAUAUCACAUUCUUCAAUAAGCAUAUUUAAGUUGAAAUCCUAAAUAUCAACCAAGGAUGAUAAGAUUUAACUUUCACUUUUACUU